AAACUGCGAACAUUUUAGUAAAACAAAAAGUGAAUGCUGCAACUGGGAGCAGUAAUAAAAUUUGAAAAUAGACUAAUAGCUAGUUUGACGAAAGGAAUUGAAGUGAAAAAUGAUUUUUUAAUUUGAAUUUAAUAUGGAUACUGAGAGGGGAAAAAAUCAUUUUUCACGUAAAAUUGUUUCGGGAAACCGGCGAUAAUAAUUUAAAAAAAUCUUAUUUUGUACGCAGCAGCUGAAUGUAAGCGUUAUAAUUAACACAAAUACCAUAAACAGUAUACGUAUAUAGCUAUUGCUACCAACAACAAAAAACUAAAAAAUUUCGACUAGUGCUUUUGGGUCGGACGUUACGAGAGUUAUGAAAAAUAUUCGAAUAACCACAAAAUUUAAUCAGAAAUCGAAAAACAAAAUUAAAAAAGAAGCUCGUGAAUCUUAACAUUUCAAUCCUCUCAGUGUUGCAUUCUUACCCAAACUGCCAGCAAAAAAGUGUAAAAAAAGUAAAAUAUUAAACGAACAGUUAAAAUAAGCUCAGAUACUCGUUAAUUGUACUUCAUAUUACUAAACGAAAUCAAAGGAUCUCUAAAAAUAUAUACCAUUCACCAAAAAAUCUAUUCUAGUUAUAUCAACACUCUUACGCAUCUGAGCAACUCUGUGUAAACGUAGAAUAACGCAUUACAACACCAAUAUCUCACGUUAUAUCUAACGGUUUUCAUAAAAGGUGACUACGGUACUGAAACUUUAUAUAAAAAGGUAAAGUGCGAAAAUUAAGUAACCAAAUGCUGUUAAAAAAAAAACAUAAAAUUCAUUAGUCAACUGCUUAUUUAUAUACAUAAGUAUUUAAUCUCGCCAAAACGCUGUCACCUACUCUAAAAAACGAAAAAUAUAUAGAACAUAUUCAAUGCACCGUUAUAUCCAGUUAUAAAAAAAAACGUAUCUAUAAUUCAUAAUUACCCCUUAAUGGAUGUCGCUAAAGCAACUGUGAAACAUCAAAUGAAAAAUUUAUGAAAAUGAAAAGCAAAAACCAAAAACCAAAUCGUUUCUACCAAAACACCAUCAACAUCUGGCGUUUUUCAUGCAACUUUUCGCAUAUGUGUACAUACAUACAAACAACAUAUUUAAACGCACAAGUGUUUAUACAAAUGCGUGAACGCGUUGCGUAUAGGCAAAUGUAAACAUACAUAUGUACAUACAUACAUACGUAGAUAUGUAAAAGUGCAACUUUCUUGAGAAGUGCAUGUAAACAAAAGAUUGCAACACUUACAGUGGGUGGUGAGACGCCUCUUUGCUCUAAACUAAACACCGCCGGAGGGAAGGCAAAUUUCGCUGUUGAAGGAAAAGUGGAGAAAAGCACAACUAAAAAAUAUCAAAACAAAAACAAAAAUACAGUGGAAGUAUUUAUGGAAAUUUAAUAGUUGCUGAUCAGAAAUUUAUUAGAAAAAAACUGUCGAAGUGACUUAAAAAGCGAGAAAUUCCAACAACUUCGUAAAUUUUAAGCACGCUUCGUGACACGUUCGCACUCUCGCUACCGAAGCAAAGUAGUUUUCACAACAAAAUGUACAUACACACAUUUUAAGUUCGUUUAAACUCACGAAUCGUGCAAUUACGAAAUAAAGAUUGAAAGAAAACACAUGAGUAAACAAAAUCCAGUUUGCAUUUUUAAGCAAUAAAAAAAGAUUUGAUAUUCAAAUAGACUGAUUUGAGCUAAAUGGCAUACAAAUAUGAAUCACGAAACGAAUAAAGGAAAGUUUUGCAAGUCUACAAGCAAAUGUAAAUGAGUAGAUCACGAAACACUCACGAAUUAAAGCAAGUCUACUGAGCCUACAAGGAGAAACAAGUGAAUAACGGUUAGGAAUCGAUAAAAAACGUGAUUUUUUAAACCAAAAUCUGUAAUCACGCACGCGUGUCAAUAGGACUUGGAUUAAUUAAAAAGCUGAAAUGUAAAAAGCUAAAAUUGUCGUUAUAUAACCAAAUCACGAAAAAAUCACGAACAUAUGAAAACAACAACACAUUAAUAAAAACAUGUGCACACAAUCACUCACGUGAGUACUUAAAUAUUUAUACGCAGUAGUCACGAAUCUCCAAAUACGCAAAAAAGCAGUAAACAUAAGUAAAAUAAAUGUAACCAUUACUUAAAGCUUUAAGCUUUUGAAAAAAAAAAAUUAAAGAAGCACUCAUGAAAGUGCAAAACACAUACGGGAGAUUUGCAAUUCCAUUGACAAUUGGAAAAUUUUUAAACUCACGAAAUACUCACGCAUGGAUUUAAAAUAUAAAUAUUUCAUUUUUGAUAACGAAAUCUAAAAAGUGGAUACCGAACACAUUUGUGUACACUAAAUAGAAAAAAAUCACACUCACGAAAAAAUAACGAUUUUCAAAAAGCGUCAGCAUAAGCAUAAAACUUGUUCGAAAUCAAACUUAAACGCAAGCAAAGUUAGCAAGUAAUACCAACUGGAAAUAUUCAAAGCUCACGAAAGACUCAUGCACAGAUUUGGGAUAAAAACUUUCAAUUUUGAUAAAGAAGUGUAAAGAGUGAAUAAAAAACACUCACAAGACUCAUGAAAAGUUCACGAUUAACAAAAAGCUUCAAAGAGAUCAUUCGAAAACAGGCUUGAAAGAAAAGGUCGCUUAUAUGUAAUGUUAAAGGCGGCUGGAAAUUUUAAAAAUUUGAGCAACGUCUAGAAUCACGAUAUUGGACUGAAAAAAGGUGUUUAGAGAAGACUGAAAAGAAGAGAAAACAAAACGCACAUAACCGCUCGAUGACUUGUGAAAACAGGCAUACCAGUUAGAAACUUGUGGCUUUCAGGUCAAACUUACUCACGAAAGCUCACGAGCUUCAAUAAACCAACAAACGCUAAGGCGGUGAAACUUUACGCAUAGCUAACUAUGCAGUCGGUUAAAAGCGUCAAAAAAAAACCUGCAACUAAGACUCACGAAAAUGUCACGUACGGGAAAAAUAUGAAAAAUAGUUCAUAAUUGCUUUCGAAGUGCGUAAACGCAUGGAUUUUACGUCCACAAAAUUUAUCACGCCCCAGAACUCGUGUAUACGAGGACUCCUGAUGUCGUGAUUUUUAAGAAAGGAAUAAUUGUAUGAAAUUCUGUAUACGUACAAUACACCGAAACGCACAAACGAUACGGGAAUUGCUAUACAAAGUUCAAAAAAAACCAAACAAACAAAAAGUCAUAUACAACAACAAUGCUGCAAGCAAAAUAUUUGCCGCGAAUCAAAGCAAUAGCACUACAUCUAAAUCUAAAAUAUAAAAAAAAAUUAUCCCAUAAGACUCAUCAGUAGUUUAUCGAAGGAAUCGUCAAUUCGUCGACACCCUUCAAUCAUCAACCAAGUAACCAACCAACCAACCAACCAACGCAUUUAAAUGUUGCCCAUCGACUCAGCGCUUGCUGCCAGCUCUGCCAAAGCAUCGCACAGCUCUCCACCUUACACGCUGCGUUGCCGGCCAGCGCGCGGUACGGUCGCCGAACAACGCGCCACCAGCAACUUUGUGCUCAUCACGCAGCAUCAGCAGCCACAACAACAGCAGCAGCAGGAUAACAAGGCUGGUGGCAUGCGCGCAAUGGAUGAGGGCACCAAAGUCAGCACAACUUCUGUUAAUAUACACAGCUGCAAUAGCAACAACAGUAGCCACAGCACGACGGUGAGCGCCAGCAGCAAUGACAAUCCGGGCGGGGGAAAUGGUGGCGGCGGCCUUGCUGCAACGAGCUUUCGCAACAAAAUGCCAUCCAUCUCGAUUAUACCAUUGCCAGUCAGCAGCGCCGCUAGCUGCAGCGGUAGCAGCACAACCACCAGUGUGGUGCGUACUGUGACCACUUCGAAUAAGGCCACUUCGCCACCACCGCUCUUCAACUCACCGCCAAGAAGCAAUAACAACGGCUUUGCCUAUAAUAACAACGCUGCUAACGUGCAAACCCAACGCCCAUUAUUGCAACACCAAUACCAGCAGACAGACAAGUGCACCAUAUUAAAAUUUGAUGUGCUACGCAAGCCAUCUGCAGCAGCUGAGCUCCUGCCGCGCAAUAUCAUCACCACAGCGUCAAAAACGCACGCGACUACAGCAAGCGCCCCGGCGACUGUCACGAGCGCUGUGACGUUUACCACGACUGCCGAUCGUCGCCAGCAGCACUUGCAGGCAUUGCAGCAAUCCAUCUUCGAUCAGGAGAUGUCCGAUGAUGCCGAAGCGGAUGCGGAAAUAGCUGCGCUACAUCAGCAGGUGGUCGGCGGCGGCGGCGGCGGCGGCGGUGGCGGUGGCAGCAGCAGCAUUGGUGCGGGCAGCCAACCGAUUAUCGUCAAGAUCGAGCCAGCGCAAUCCUUUCACAUCGUUGAUGAAUCGGAUACGCGCGUGCUGAGCUUACCGCUCUCGGAUGCUGAUAAAGUGGGCGCCAGUUGGAUUGAUCUCAAAGAUAUUGCCGGACUGCAGACCACCUCUGCCACGCUGGUGGAUGUGUGCUUCGAAUCGCCACCAGGUUUGUUGCCUGUUAGCAGCAAUUCGUCAACUUCAACGAGCGGCGAGCAAGUGCUGCAUACAUCGGUGGAUUCGGGUAGUAUUGGCAAUGCGCCGCCGGCUAAGAAGCGCCAGCUGGUUGUGAAACAGGUGCAAGUAGAGCAGCCGACUGCGACGGCAACUGCGAUUGAGACUGUAAUGACGCCUGCGACAGCUGUGACUGCAACGGCAACAGCUACGGUGUCCACAGCGUCUGCAACGGCUACCGUGACGCGACUCAGUUUGUCUGAGCGUAGUGUACCACAACAGCAACAGUCACAGCAAUUGCAGCAGCAGCAACAACAGCAAAGUCAAAACAAGGGUACCACUACCACCAACACAACAACGGCAACGAGCGCGGGACUAACGCCUUCCUCAUCGACGGGACUGAACGCCGGCGGAGCAAUGACAGUCACCUAUACCCCGACAGCUCCACGACGCUUUACAUCUGCGCUGGAAUGCUGCCGACCGCGUCCGGGCACUUGA